AUGGUCGGAGUGAAACGUCCCGUUGACGCCGCCGACGGGCGCAACGGCAAACGAACGAAGACGAAGACGGCCGUUUCGACGAAGAAGGACAACAAGUCUGCGCCGGUGAAGAAGGCCGCCUCGAAGACCGGGUCCAAGAAGGCUGACAAGCCUGGAAAGAAGGACAAGAAGGCCCCGGCCAAGAAGAAGGUCGAGGAGUCGGAAGAGGACGAAGAUGAUGAUUUCGACUUGGACGAUGUUUCGGACUCUGAUAUCGAAGGAGAGAGUGGAUUCCAGGACGAUGAAGAUGUUGGUAUGGAGGAUGCGAAGGAUGCCGAGGAGGAUAGCGAUGAGGGUGAGGAGGAAGAGGAAAAGAAAUCUGCAGAACCUGCGAAGAAUGGCAACUCCUCUCGCGAAUCGCACAUCAAGCAAAAGGCCCUUCAGCAAGAGCGCAAGGCCGCCAGACCCAACGCCGAUAUCAUUCUCCGUUCGAAGCAGCUGUGGGAGCGUCUGCGUCGCAAGUCGCACGUUCCGCUGGAGGAGAGGAAGAAGCUUAUCGCCGAGCUUUUCGGAAUCAUUACUGGACGGGUUAAGGACUUUGUGUUCAAGCACGACUCGGUCCGAGUUAUCCAGACCGCCCUGAAAUACGCGAAUACCGAGCAGCGGAAGCAGAUCGCAAAGGAACUGAAGGGUCACUACAAUGAUUUGGCGCAGAGCCGAUAUGCCAAGUUCUUGGUCGGCAAGUUGAUUGUCCACGGCGACAACGAGACCCGCGAUAUGAUCAUCCCUGAGUUCUAUGGCAACGUGAAGCGACUCAUCCGCCACCCCGAAGGAUCUUGGAUUCUCGACGACAUCUACCGCAUGGUUGCGACGCCGGAGCAGAAGGCAGUUCUCCUUCGGGAGUGGUACGGAGCGGAGUUCGUGGUUUUCAGGGAUGAGAACAAGUCGCCCUCCGCCGAACUUUCCGAAAUCUUGAAAGAAUCCCCCGAGAAGAGAGGCCCUAUCAUGAACUAUCUCCACGAACUUAUCAACCAACUUAUCCAGAAGCAAAGUACUGGAUUUACGAUGCUCCACGAUGCUCUGCUGCAGUACUUCUUGAACACGAAACCCGGUAGCUCGGAAGCUACCGAAUUCCUCGAGCUGCUCAAGGGUGAAGAAGAAGGAGACUUGGUGAAGAACCUGGCUUUCACCAAAUCUGGUUCCCGGUUGAUGUGUCUGGCCUUGGCCUACGCUAAUGCUAAGGAUCGGAAACAACUCACCAGGUUCUACAGGGACACCAUCAAGGUCAUGGCGGGCGAUCUCCACGGACACAUGGUCCUUUUGGCUGCAUAUGAAGUGAUCGAUGACACCAAGCUUACCGCUAAGCUGAUCUUCCCCGAGCUUCUGAACCAGAACGCCGAUGCGGAAGCGCGCAUCGAGGAAUUGCUCCUCCAGGUGACCGACCUCACGGCACGUAUUCCAGUGCUGUUUCCGUUUGCAGGAGACCGGGUUAAGUGGCUUCUGCCUGAGAUCGACCAAGAGAUUCUCAAAGAGAUCCGCGAGGUGCGCAAGGAGACGUCGAAAAAGGACCCCGCAGUGCGACGCCAGGAGCUGAUCAAGGCUGCAUCUCCCAAUGUCCUCGAGCUCAUUGCUGCGCGUGCAGACACGUUGCUCGAGACCAGCUUUGGCUGCCAGUUCAUCUCGGAGGUCCUGUUCGAUGCGGACGGAGACAAGAGUGCUGCUUUGUCCGCCGUUGCCGCCGCCGCCAAGUCCAGAGCCGACACCAAGGACUUGCCGUUCGUGGGCCGGUUGCUCAAGUCUCUCGUCCAGGGUGGACGAUUUAACCCCGCUGAGAAGGCAGUGGAGAAGGUGCAGCCCGCCUUGAACUUCCACGGGCUCCUAUAUGAGCAGAUCGGAGAUGACAUCAUGGCGUGGGCCACCGGAUCCAACACCUUCGUUGUUGUGGCUCUGGCGGAGUCGGACGAGUUCGAAAAGAAGGACGAGUUGCUGAAGACUCUGAAGAAGAACAAGAAGGCUUUGCAGAAGGCCGUGGACUCCGGGAAGGAUAACAAGAAGGCGGGACCUGCUAGCAGCGGUGCGAAGCUGCUGCUCGAGAAGAUCUAG